AUCGUUUCCCACAUUAAGAGACGUCUUAUUUGAACGAAACGUUUCCACAACUCUUGUUAUGAAUUGAUGGUCACAUUUGGUGACUAUUUUAGUGAUCAUUUGGUGGUAAGCAAUGAACAACUCAUUGAUUCCCGAAGUAUUGGAGAGCAAACGAGUGGCCUAUGAGUGCACCUGUGGUUCACUUCAAUCCAUUCAUCGCAUAUACUUCUGCAGACAUUGCCAUCAACUCAGAUGUCGCGACUGUGUCUCCCAUGAGGUGGACUCCCAGUACUGUCAACACUGUCUCGAAUACAUCCCCUCUAUUGACGCUAAACUCAAGAAGAAUAAGUGCGCCUCUUGUUUCCAGUGUCCGUCAUGUAUGCAUACAUUGACCACAAGAGCGAUCAUCACUCAGAGCCCAACCGAUUCCACUCAAACUCAGCCGAAGAAAGUAUUUUUUCUCAUCUGUUAUUACUGUCGCUGGUCUUCAAGAGAUAUCGGAAUUCCCGACCAAACCGUCGCGUCGGGAAAUUGGCCCGAAUUGGAGACACCGAACGCCAAGCGAUUGGAUGCGCUCUUCGAUAGGUAUCGACUGUUAGCCCAAAGAGAGAAAUUGGAUAAAGAGAAGAAGAGGAUUAGUCCGCGUUCUGCCAUUAUAUUGCUCGACAAGUAUGGCAUCACUCCUUCCCUCUCGCCUAAAGUGACGGCCACUUUAAGGGCCAAAAUGGCAAAAAGCAGUUCCGGCUUCUCGUUAUCGGAUCUGAAAUCUCCGACAGAAAUGAAUGAUUUCGAGACUUCUGUGGCCACCGAUCAGAUCGAAGCGCUCGAUAUCAACGCCUAUUAUAACACUCCCCAAGACAUGGCUUUGGGUGAGACGUCGACUCUUAAUCAACGCCUAAUGCAAGUGGAGACACAGCCCGACCACACCUCCAGCCUCUAUCCCGUCUCACAAAUGCUUUUAGUGAAGCAUUCGUUACGAUGCAAGACAUGUGAUCACAACUUAAGUAAACCCGAAUACAAUCCCUCAUCCAUUAAGUUUAAGAUACAACUCAGCGCUUAUUAUCACAUCCCAGAACUGCGGAUCAAAUCGAUUCCAACGCUAAAGAUUGGACAAGAGUUUAGGCUAGAGAUGACUCUACAGAAUCCAACCCCUUAUGCACUUCACGUAACGAUCUUUGAUUUGUCCGAAAGUUCUGAUGAGAGCGCAGCCAUUAAAGUGCCUCAACUUGUAAUGGGUUUGGCGCCCAAAGACGACACCGCAGACCUCGACAUCGAUAAGAACUUUCAGUCACAGUUCAACGACGACAACAAUUUUAUAUCGUUUCGAAAGGGAAACAAAUUAGGGUUUUAUAUAAAUGUGUGUCCAUUAAAGACAGGCGAAUGUCGGUUCAGGAUUGGGAUGAAACACGACUUCGUCAACACUGUUAUUCAAUCCACUCGUGAGGGCCCUAAUGAUAGACAGUCACAGAUCUCGUGGAUUACACAUAAGAUUUGGAUCAAUUUGGGUGAUGUUUGCGAUUAACACUAUAUCCGUCACAAACAUAUCGGUUAAUCAUUCACUUGCAAGCGGUAAUCGAUAUACCGGUAAUAAUCAUAUGCUUUAUAUUUCAAGUUUGAUGUGUACAUGAAUUUUAGGCGACUUUUCUAUUAAACUUAAUUUAUUUAAAAAUAACUAA